UUUCGCUAUGCCUUGCCAACAUGUCCGAGUCUUGCCUCCGAUUUGUGGGCACCCACUUUUAGCACUAACCAGCCGUCAUGUCUCACACUGUGGCUGUGUGCCUUGCCAAGCACAGCGAGAGUCUCCGAGCUUUCGACUUUGGUUUCCGGUAGCCUUGUCCAUGGAUUUUUCUAUAACACAUUUUCGUGUUGCCGAAUGCUUCUUCUAACUCCUUCAAUCUCGCUACGACAAUGCUCUCCCCCAAGAGACACUUGAUCGAGGACUCUACCUGGAAUGCAAGACCCACCAAACGCCAAGUUCCGCCUAUCGCAGACGACGGAGACUCAACCCAGUCCCCCCAAUACCUAUCUCAGGCGAACUUUAGCAGCGACCCAUCACCCAGGCCUUCAGUUCAGGAUGUGCCCUGGUCAUUAUCAGAUUCUGACGGUUUGGAAUCCUGCACACCAUUUCCGAGCACCCCAGGGUUAGUUGGUGAAGUAUGCUUUGGCAUGAUUUGUUGUGUGAAAACUCAGUUCCUGGACGAUCCAAGCAUUGCGACUAUUCAUCCAGGGCUUCCAACGAGGCGUAGUACUGUACGAUUGGGCGAUUUUGAGGCCUGUACGGGUGAGAUUUUGUGUACGUUCGUACGACAGGGAGGAGGAGAGGUAGGUGUACGUAUUGUAACUGUUACGGCUCACGUGAUCUGUACGAGUAGUACGAUUUGAUUAAAGUACGCCGUACUCUAGUUGAAACAGCUAAGACUAUGGGUCUCUAGACACGCAAGAUUAAGGUCUAAUUAACUAUAAAAUAACUAGUUCUCCCUAGUAACAAGAGCAGAUAGGACUAGAUGAGGCCUGUAAGGCGGCAAGAGGCGUGGAUAGAUAACUCUGGAAUAGAAAAUGGUCUGUAAUAGGCAUU